AUGGACGCCCCCGAGGAUGACCGCGAUGUGCUACUCCAAAGGUCCUCAGCAGAGCUUCUCGCAGAUCUUGAAUCCUCCCUGAAGCCGUUCCUCUGGAAGACCACCGUUUCCGGAAAGGUCCAGAUCAGGAGGGGGGUGCGGAUAAGGGAGACAAACAGGCUUGUUGAUCUGCUCGAGCGAUUCCAGGAACUGCCUCAACUCCUCGAUCCACACCUCGACAAAAUAAUCCCCAGCCUGUCCGAAGCAUUCCUUACAUAUCUGCGAUGGGCCUCACGACCAAAGCAUGCGCCUGCCAUUUCUGCCCCGCCGCUGAUGUCCCUUUCGAGUGCUAUAUGCAAGCUCUUAUAUGCUUUUUGCAAAAUCCGCGGUGAAAAGGUAAUUGUCCGAUUCUUGAGUACCGAGACAAGAUACUUGGAGUUGUUGCUCUCUGCCGUGGAAAGUGGCAAUCCAGUCGAGGAGGAACCUGCUCAGGCAUCGGGAACAUGGUCGUGGGAGGAACGAUAUAUUGCACUUCUCUGGUUGUCGCAGCUUCUUCUGGCUCCGUUCGACCUUGCAUCCAUCUCGUCAUCUGAUAAUAUUGAUGAAGAUUUAACGAGGAUUCCUGGAUUCAUCUGGCCAGGUAAUGUCCCCGGCGUGGCUUUACGAGUUAUCCCGUUGGCAAUUCGCUACCUCUCUUCGGCCGGGAAGGAGAGAGAUGCGGCGAAAACUCUCCUUGUGCGUGUUGCUAUGCGUCGUGAUAUGCAAGAACUUGGCCUUCUGCAAUCCUUGGUCAGCUGGGCCAUUUCUCGUUUUCAGGCUGCCCCCGAUGUAGUGAAACCAGCGCAUUACUACAUUGGCCUUCUCUCAUUCCUUGCUGGCGUUCUGGUUUCAUCCGCCGGCUCCACCGCCAUGUAUAAUUAUCUCGGAGACAUCUUUCAUCUUGUACAGCAAAUAUCCGCCGAAGGAAGUCCUGUAUUCAGAAGUAUUCAUGACUCUGCAGUGGCUCGAAAGACUACUAUCAAGAUUUAUCGCGCUAUUACCACUCUUGACCUUCGAAGUAACCCGGACAUGGCGGCUAUGGAGCGGGUAGAGUCCACUAUUGGUAUUCUCAUAGAAUACCUCUCGGACCUAGCAACCCCUGUUAGACUAGCUGCAAGCAAAGCUUUGAGUAUAAUAAUAUUGAAGCUAGAUCCUGACAUGGCCAACGAGGUGGUCGAAGCAAUUGUUGGCAAUCUCGAAAGAGGAGUGUCAUGGCCGGACACGGGCAGGCAGGCUAAUAAGGGGAAUCACACAGCAUUUGAUUUAUCCAAUGCUAAUGCACUUGAAUGGCAUGGGCUUAUUCUAACAUUGUCUCAUCUUUUGUAUCGUCGCUCGUUGCCUGCCAGUAGACUCUCACCGAUAUUACCUUAUCUUGCCAUUGGUCUCUCGUUCGAGCAGCGGUCUACCUUGGGAGCGUCCCUAGGCACUAGUGUACGGGAUGCAGCAUGUUUCGGAAUUUGGGCCCUUGCGCGAAGGUACACAACAGCUGAGUUGGGUUCUGUCACUAUCAAAACUGCAUCUCUCAGUGGCUCAUUUACUGUCAAUUCUUUGCAGCGGAAUCCUAUUUUAGACAGCCCUGCGCUGCAAGGCCUUGCCACUGAGCUCGUCGUCUCAGCCUGUUUGGAUUCCGCUGGGAAUAUCCGACGAGGAGCGUCCGCUGCCCUUCAGGAGCUUGUCGGGAGGCAUCCGGAUAUGAUCAUACAAGGUAUCCAGCUUGUUCAGGUGGUUGACUACCACGCAAUUGCGCUUCGUUCGAGAGCAGUCCAGCAAGUUGCCGUCCAGGCAGCCCAGCUCUCUGAGCUCUAUUUCAAUGGCAUUCUAUUUUGUUUGCUUGGAUGGCGUGGUGUGAGAGAUAACGAUCCUUCUGUCCGGCGUAUGAUUGCCGCUGCAUGUGGAAGUAUCGUGUGGGGCAAUCUGCAGCUAGAUGAUCUGGGGGCUAUUCCAUAUGAGGAGCUUCAGCGUAUCAUCUCAUAUCUUGCAGCGCGGCUUGAACGUUUACCUCUACGAGAAAUCGACGAAGCACAUGGACUACUGCUCUGCCUGUCAUCUACCAUUACGGGGCUGCACCCAUAUCUGCAUGCCCCGAAUAUGAAAUCGGCAGUCCAACACGGCCAUAGGGAUUUCGAAGGCUUAGUUAAAGCCUUAAUUUCCCAAGUACACUCCAUCUUCGAUAGCUGUAUGGAAACCCAGAGAAGGAAAGAGUUUUUGGCAGAAGCUGUGGGUCGCCUGAUGAUUGCAAUAUAUCCUAUAUUGUGCGCAGAUCUCGCUUUCCGCUGGUUUCGAACUCUCAAGGAAGAUCCAUUAAGAGCACCAAAACCAGCUGUUAUUUCAGACCGGUCGCUACCUUUGCCAGAGAAUUGUGAUACCAUGGACAUGGAUAAGACCGUCACGCAACUACUUCGCACUCCGGUGUUGACCAAUGGUGCCCUGGAUCUCGACCCAAUUGUUUUCCUAAGCUCUAUGCAGUCUGUUUCUGAGGCUGGAUUUUCCUUAGAUGACCGGAUCAUCUCUACGAUGAAGAAUUUAUUGAACGCAUUCUUAGAAUUCAAACGAAAAGAGACCAUUGAUGCUGUUUCUGAAGCUGCUGCCAAUUUCACGUUCUUACUAGACAGGAACGACAGGUCAUCAAUUAUCCUUGAAUGGAUUCAAGCUGCUACAGCGAAAGCGGAAUCUGGUCGUAGCGGAGUGGGCAAGGCAUAUUUGCAUACCCUGUUUAAGACCUUUCCUUUGGCCAUAGACUGUUCACCGAAUUCAUCGGGCCUGCAAAAAGAAAUCCUUGAACACAUUCAAUGGCGAUGGGACUUGGGCCAUCAUAUUGAAACCCGAACCACAAUUCUGGCAUGCCUGGCGAGGAGCGCUGCACUUCUGACCCAUGCGCACCGCUUUUUAAAUAUCAUUACCGACGGUCUUGACGAUUAUACCACUGACAAUCGUGGUGAUAUUGGCUCCCUCGUGCGCAUUGAAGCUUUGGGAGCAGUAGGAGCUCUGGCUAGGGCGUUCGACCUUUUUGAGGAUGCCAACUUUGAGAAGUUCCGUUGUCUGUUUGGUAGACUUUUGAGGCUUGGAACUGAGAAACUGGACAAAGUUCGAGCUGAAGCACAAGUAUCCAUAACUUAUACACUACGGAAUAGGGAGCGUGACACGUUCAAAUCAAUGCCACCCACCUCCCAGCAGUACUUUCGCUACCUCUUGGAAUUACCAAAGCACUCAUGGGCACAAUAUACUGCGCGAUAUGAUGAGCUAUGGCUGAUUGACUUGCUUGAAGGCUACGUUCUAUCGGCGGAUACUGGGUCUCAGGACCUUGUGCGUACUAGCCGUGCUGCGCUUGUCCAAUUCUGCGAUGAGCAAAGUCCGCUAGGAAAUGCAGAAACCGUUUGUACUGCCUUGUUCCAAGUCCUGAAGAACAAUAUAUCAAACGAUAGAGUCCUUGUUCCUACACUGGAAGUCAUUAGCUUCCUCUUCGAUAUGGAUAUUAUUCAAAAGACUCCACUGAAAUGGCGAUCACUGUACGCCCUUACCCAGAAAGCUCAUUUCAAAACAUCCAACGUUCGGAAACUCGAAGCUGCUGUUAAGGUGUACGGGGGUUUGAUGGAAGUCUAUCCUGAAGCUGUUCAGAAGUUGUCGAGCAUGCUCCUCCACCCAUUUCCAAGAAUUAGGAACCUUGUGGCUGAAGAGUUGUUUGUUGGGAAAGGUGUGGGAAAGAAAGUCAACUGGACCAAAGCUUCGAAGGGAGAUCUGGUCAAAUUGCAGAAGGAGCUGGGAAUGGAUGCGCCUGCAGCACGGUCGUGA